AUGGGGUCCACUUUACAAAUGAAUCUACGGGGAUGUAGACGAAAUAAAUGGAAAAACGUGUAUUUCUCUCAUGUUUAAGGCAUGUCGUCCAUGGAAAAUUGCCUUUAUUUCUGUUGCAUUUUCAUGCCGUAUGUUGAUUGUGGUGUGGGAUUUGUCGCAGGGUAUCAUUCUUAGAUGUUUUUUUUGAGCGAUGAAUGUGGGUUCUUUUCAUCAGAUUAAAACAAUGGAAAGAAGAAAACGUUUUUGCCUGUUUUUUCACUGUAAUUAAUGAUCCACGUUCAAUUUGCAGGAAAAGAAAGCUAGUAGUGACGGGGUGUCAUUGACUUCCAUCAAUGGUGUAGAGCAAGAAAAUGGAGCCCCUGAUUCCCAACUGAGCAUUGAACAGGUGAGAUCUAUUUCAGUUGUCUGAUUUUGACCGAUUUAUUUCAUUUGGCCUCCCAAAUUAGGACCAUUCUUCCAGUAAUAUCUCUUCGGAUUCUGUUGUUAGAUCUAUAUCCGUUUCAAAUACUGUAGCUUUAACUCUGCUACUAUUGUCAUUAACAUGUUCUAUUAGAUGAUUUGACAGAAAUAUCACGUUUCUUCAGAUGAAUUUUUACCCGAACAGGUUAGCAACGGUUUUAGCAAAUAAAUGUUUUUUGAUUAUUCUGUUACGGUUUUCUAGGAUAUCGUCCAGCCAGUGAAUGAGGAUAUUCCGAGUUCAGUCCAGUCAGCUGAGAUCAGUGACGGUGAUGUUGCAGCUGACAGUGAUCCGAAGGUGUUCCUCUGUCAGUUUAUAAUAUCUAUCACCUGUAAAUGUUAGAAACUGCAUUUUUACCUUUAUCAUGUUAGUGGUAUUGUAUCGUCACUUAUCCGGCAAAAAUAGUGCUGAAGUUGAGACCAACGCAGGAGAAAGAUGAUAGUACAGAGGUCGCAAGUGGAUCUCCAUUUCCAGGCAUAAAGGUAAAUGGGCGUUGGAAACGUUUAAUCUUUAGAAGUUUAAUUUCGUCUUGUGCUCUAUGCUUUAAGUUCAUUGUUUUCUUCCCGUUCUGGAUAUCUAAUAAUACCGUGGUAUUUUAAACUCACGGUAAUUGCAGCAACUUGGUGAACCUAUCAGGAUUCCAAAGUCCACGAUUGAUAUUCUUAAGGACCAAGUGUUUGGUUUUGAUACAUUUUUUGUGACAAGCCAAGAGCCAUAUGAGGUGAUGUUUCGAGCUCAGAUUUAUACGUUACUCUAGUACAGCAUUUCUGGAUUCAUUUUUUCUAGUCUUUUGUACUUUGUGAUAUUUAUGUGUACGAGGAUUACAUUCUGCAUUCUUGGAUUUUCUAUGGACUUAUUCUGAUAGCCAUUAUAAUUAGGCACACUUUUUUUCUUUUAUGAUUAAUUGCAAAGCUUUCAUCAGCAUUCAAACACAUCGAAUUCUAGGAUGCUGCGGGAUUGUCAUUGAGCACGUCUAAUGACAUGAAUGAAACUUUAUUGGAAGGUUUCUAUGCCUAGUCGAUUAAUUGCAGCAUUCAAACACAUCGAGUUCAGUCAUGUCCAUGACUGAAUCUUGAAAGCUGGCUGAAUUUCUCAUUUCCGUUAUUUUAAUCUUGAGAAUUGUUUUCUUUACAGAGUGGGGUGUUGUUUAAGGGAAAUCUGCGUGGACAGGCAGGCAAAAGCUAUGAAAAGAUAACAAAGCGGAUACAGGUGAUUCGAGUUUUGUUUCUUUCGUAAAUUUAGUGUCAAUACUCAAUUAUUCAGGCAUAUUUUUGUGUAAUUUUCAGCACAUUUAAUUCACAGGAUAGAUUUGGUGAUCAAUAUAAAGUUUUCCUUCUCAUCAAUCCAGAGGAUGAUAAACCUGUGGCAGUAGUGGUUCCCAGGCGUACAUUACAGCCUGAAUCAACAAGUAUGGGGACAAUCCUUCUGUUUACAAAUGAUCUCGAAUUUCCUGUUUUGUGCUUCCUCAUGAAUGCCUGAUGUCAGGGAAUAAAUGACCUGAUGGGAUCCGUUUCGAAACCUUCCUUAACAUUCAUUUGGUUUGCAUUUGCAGCCGUGCCGGAGUGGUUUGCUGCUGGUGUAUUUGGACUUGUCACCGUUUUCACCUUGUUACUCCGGAAUGUGCCUGCACUGCAGUCAAAUUUAUUGUAAGAUUUCUUUCUGGUCUUUCAUCUAGUCAUGUCAUGUUUCUGGAUUCUCGUUUAGGUAUACUUUCUUUGCCUAACAAUGAACAUUCUGUAAAGGUAUAUUGCUUCAUUUGCUGAAAUAUUUAACUCCGACUUCUGUCCUCAGAUGCUGUACUGUCAUCUCUUGAUCUGGGAAAAAGUUCAAACCGUCUUCAAAUUCUGAUAUUAGGGCAUACACAUUUUUUUGCUUAAGUUCGAACGUUCCAGAUGCUCCUUUUAUGUAUUAUUAGAGAUGUCUAAGUUUGUCAUCCUCUAUAAUGUUUGACAGCACAUUAAUUACUAGAAAGUUCACGCUCUCUAUGAUGAAGAUUUUGUAUUUUACUGUUUCUUGGGAGAGUAGAAAUCAGCAUGGAUUUAUGAUCACAAUGAGGCAGGAAUCAGUGUAGUUCCCAGGGCUAAAAUAAUGUUCUCCCAGUAUUCUUUUCAUUGAUCAAACAAAAUCUUCCGAUCCAAACUCUAUUAAAAGACGUGACUUUUCCUGUUACCUUGAAAUAAGAUGGAAAAAGAUUUACCUUUUCUUGCAACGCUUGUCUUCUGGUGGACCAUAGUUGACUCAAGGCUAGAAGUGGGGAUCGUGUGGGCUAGGAAAUGUACUGGUAAAAAGUUAAACCGUGUGAUGAAGGUAUCCAGUGCAAACUAAGCUCCAUUAUUUUUCUUUGCUUUUUUGUGAAAGAAGCAAAUAUUGCGUAAGAGAGUGUUGUACUGACAUAGUUGAUUGGAAACCAUCUGGAACAUGCAGACUGAUUCCAGCAUUUGUAAAGUUGGAUUUCUCCUGUUUAUUGCACAUUGAUUUAUCUUCAGUGGGAUACAACUUUCACCCAUUGCAAAUCUCGAGAUUGGUCAUAUUUUCACUGUAGGAAAUAUGUGUUUCUUUGAGGAUUAAGUUUUCAGACUUGGCUUUAGUAAUUAAUCAGUACUCAGAUGAAGUAUGAUGUCACUGCAGGAAAUGCCCUGUACUCUUUAUUACUUAUUCUGUUCAUGAUCAUGUCGAGUACAGCCAAGAUCACUUUAGUUUGAAGUUUGUAUCUGAUGCUUCUUCUGACACAAGUUUAUUAAUCUCAAUGCUAUUGACUUCUGAUGUUCCAGAUCAAUAUUUGACAAUAUUGGCUUAUUGACUGAUGGUCUUCCUGGAGCCCUUGUGACUGCACUUAUUUUAGGAGCCCACGAAAUUGGUCAUAUUUUGAUUGCAGGAGAUAUUGGGGUCAAACUCGGAGUCCCUUACUUUGUUCCUAGUUGGCAGGUUAGAUGUUUAUUUCCUGAUUCCAUGUUCUCGCAUCAAUGAACUUCUGUAUUGCUCCGAGGGUUAUGCAUAAAACAUGCAGCUCCAUUCUGGGGAUUGCAGAAAUAGGCAACGCAUGAUAAACCUUGAUUAAUUCAGUGACAGCUUUUUCGUGCAUAAUCUAGUUUCUGUUUCGCAUGCCUGGUCAAUGGUUUUCGCUUUUUGAAACAUCAUCAUCUUUUCGACCUCAAUUUGUUUCAGAUAGGAUCUUUUGGUGCAAUUACAAGAAUUGUAAAUAUUGUACCCAACCGUGAGAAACUUUUGAGGCUGGCGGCUGCAGGACCUUUGGCUGGAUUUUCUCUGGGAAUCCUUCUUCUACUUGCAGGAUUCAUUUUACCCCCAACUGAUGGCAUUGGAAUCAUCAUCAACCCAGAUAUUUUCCACGAAUCUUUUCUCGCUGGUGGAAUCGGUAUCGAUAUUCUCUCUUUAUUCUGGUUUUUUCUUUAGCUGAACAAUUUACGAUUUUAGUGAUUGUUAAUUUUGUUGCCAAACUGUCAGUAAAAUUGGCGCGUUCUUUUUGUGUAAUAAUCUGCUAGCUUUGUUCUCGGUGACGACACUUUGAAAUACAAGUAUUUGAAAAGUAUAACUCUUUCCGGGGCUGGCACUACUUGUUUGUUUCCUUCAGCUAAGCUUAUUCUUGGCGACGUCCUAAAGGAAGGCAGCCAGUUGUCGGUCAACCCCCUUGUCAUAUGGGCUUGGGCUGGGCUUCUUAUCAAUGCCAUUAAUAGCAUUCCGGCGGGAGAACUUGAUGGGGGCCGCAUCUCCUUUGCUCUGUGGGGAAGAAAGGUACUCUUCCUUUCUUUAUAGGAGUUAGGGACUAUUUUCGCCGUUGUUUCACCGUAGACGAUGUGUGGUUGUGGACGGUCUCAGGCCGGUGCUAAACGCGGUGCUCUUGGUUCAUUUUAUGAUUCGACACUUGUGCCUCGCUGAACUGCUUCUUUCUACCAGACAUCGACCCGCAUCACCAGCGUCGCACUUGCCCUGCUGGGCAUAUCUUCACUCUUCAAUGACGUGGCCUUCUACUGGGUGGCUCUGAUAUUCUUCCUUCAGAGGGGUCCGAUCGCUCCUCUAUCCGAGGAGAUCACCGAUCCUGAGGACAAAUACAAAGCGCUUGGCGUCGCAGUUUUGCUUCUGUGUCUACUUGUAUGCUUACCAUAUCCUUUCCCCUUCACUCCUGGGGAGCUAAAUGUGGAUUUUUGA